CUAAAUGUUCAUUGUUGUGUUCUCAGUUUCUAAUUUUGUAUAGGGAUUAGAUAGGUAAAGCUUAUAUGGAGUAAUUGGCCGCAAAAAGAAAAUGCGUUACACUUUAAUUUUCUUUUAAACAAAUUCAACUAUCAUUUGACAACCUAAGACAGCAGUCAACAAAUGGGAGGUGCUGUUGUAUCAAGAUUGGUUAUAGUAAGCGGUGGUUUAUUGUAUCCUGCCUAUUCAUCAUACAAAGCGGUCAAAGCAGCCAAUGUGAGACAAUAUGUGAGAUGGAUAAUGUAUUGGGUGGUCUUUGCUUUAUUUACUGCCAUUGAAACCUUCACAGAUGUUUUUCUAUCAUGGCUUCCAUUUUAUUACGAGUUAAAAAUGAUCUUUGUCCUUUGGUUGGCUACCCCAUACACCAAAGGCUCGACUUAUAUCUACAGAAAAUUCAUUCACCCUAACUUGUCGCGUAGGGAGCAGGAAAUCGAUCUGUUUUUGGAGAAUGCUCGAGAUAAGAGUUACAAAACCAUGGUAAACGUUGGUUCGAAGGGAAUUAACAUGGCUGCCAAUGUUGUGGUCACUGCCGCAGUCAAGGGACAAGCUGUUGUCACUGACAAACUCAAAAGUUACAGUGUAAUGGACCUGACAAAGUUACCGGAUUCAGCAGAUGUACAUCUUCAUCAACCAAUGCCAAUUGCUAACCCUGCACGAGUACGAGAGAUGCAUCAAUCUCGUUCCAACCCAACAGUUGUCCUCGAUCCAGCAGAAGGUUCUGAAAGUGGGGCAGGCCAAGACCCGAGGUUGUUGAGUCAGUUCAAAGCUUACUCCAUGAUGAACUUAAGUCAAGUCACCACACAAGAAGGUUUAAACCAGUAUAUACCAGAUACUUCUGAUGAUGGAGAAUUUACUUCUGACCCUCCAUCGUACACUAUAGAUGACAUGAGGAUAACCAGGAGAAGCAACUUUGCGGAAGAAGCGGUUCCUCAGCCAGAUGACUUUUCCACACAGUUUUACACAAUGCCACGCAAGAAAAAAAGCUCAAAAAGCAAAACUAAACAGCUCCCACCACUCCCACCUGACUCUGGUGCUUCACUACGACGAUCAAAACGUAAAUCAAAAACUAAAACCAGAGUCCAAUACGAUGAGAUAUCAGAAUGAAGAAACAGCUUCUAAAUAUCUAAUACUAAGAUUUUGCAGCUGCUUGUAAUUGGUGCCAUCUUUAAACUGUUUCUGUACCCUGUAGUAUAGUAGGGUGGGGGAAGAUAGGACACUAUUUCAUUCUAUUUUCUCGCCCAAUUUGAUAGUACAAAGAACAUUUUCUCUUACUCCCAUAUACCGUUGUUAAUUGUUUAAAACACAACCAGGAUAUAUAGAUAUUAUGUGCUAAAGUGCUCUGUCUUCCCCCAACCUACUACAUUUGAGAAAUACAAUUUCAAAAUUUGAGAAAAAAAUUCCCUGCAAUACUGACGGAAGGAUCAAAUUACAUUUGAUUUUUAACAACUCACUAAAGAAUUUCAUUUAUAUUUCUAAACUUAUGGAAAAUUUAUUAUUUACCCAAAUCUUUUCACUUCCAAAUUGACUUUUAUGCUCUGUAUGAGUUUAUUUGCCGACUGUAAUGUAGUUUUUUUUUAAUUUUUAGCUUAUGGUGUGUAUUUAUAGUACGUUAAUGUUAGCAGUUGAUUUUAGUUAGGUAAUACCAUGAAUUUUACUGUUUUUCAUAUAUUUAUGAAAAGAUAAUUUCAUGUCUAUGAAAUAGAUAAACUAAAAUUGCAGCCAUAUCGCAAAUUUGGUUGAAUUAAUUUUCUGUGAUAAUGUUCUAAAAUAAUUUUGAAGCCGAAAUUACCGUGUUAAUUAUGUGCAAUUACUGCAACACAAAUCUUACCUAAUUGUGAAUGAAUUAUCACUUAUGGCGAUCUAUUUUAACAUAGGCACCAAAUACUGUAAAAUCACCUGCAUAGGCGCCAAACCUGGGGUGGCAGGGUGGAUAUGUCUACCCAAGAAUUUUCUACACUGUAUAAAUCAGUAAAAUUAAGCAAAUGGAUUUAUUCCACAGGAAUGUGUAUUUAACUAUCCUGUCUACCCUAAAGAUUGGCACUUAUAAUUAUUACUGUUACUUGAAAAUUGACUAGCUUGCUUAUCAUCUAAUUACUUCAUACAUUCUGCUGCAUAUUAGCUCAAUCUCAUAUGACAUUAAUUUUUAAAUUCACAUUUUUAUUCAAUUAAUUGAACAAAGCUUUUUCACCUUUUUUUUGCGACAUUACUUUAUUUCAUUACAUUCUAUUCUCAUAUAUCUAAAACAUGUUACAAUGUGACAUGCUCAUAACCCACCAGGUUUAAAUGUUUGUUCUGCAGGUUCACCAAUCCAUUACUGCUUGUCUUUGCUAAUGGGUUGGGAGACACUGUGUUUAUAUUGCGGACACCACAGCAUUUGCACAUAGGCUUUUGAAUAUUUUGAAGCAAAUAAAUGCAAGUUUUGCUAAAAA